CGGGCGGAGAUGGUGGCGGCCGAUUGGCCCUGCCAGACCGAAGGCCCGGGCCAUAUGUACGGCUACGACGCGUUUGUCCGGCAGCUGACACCGGAGGGCAUGUUCAAGAUUGGCAGCAUCAACGCCUUGGAUGUUACCAACGAUGGGAUGCUCGACAUUGUGGGGUACACUGGCGGAGGUGGUGGCGCUCCGCUCGGCUUCAAUGUCUUUGUCGCUCUUGGCAAUGGGAGCUUCGAGCACACUGAAAGCCUGGGGUUGAACAUGGGCGACGGCGGAGGCUUUCUCUUUGUUGCUGAUUUGAACGGAGAUGGGCGGGGUGAUCUGAUGUCUCAGUCUUGGACUGGAUACUCGGUGACGGCCCUAGUCUCGACGAGUUCGGCGACGCUGCUGAGUCAGUUCGUGGUGCGGACUAUGUCGUCCUCGCCGCUCAAGAUGAAGUUUGUGACCACGUUUGACCUUGACAAGGACGGCGAUCUUGACAUUCUGCCGAUGGUGCACUCUUCCAGCGGAGCUAUGGUCUGGUUUGAGAACGCUGUGGGUGAUGGCCUUUCAUGGACACCGCGCGGGUACGGCACGUCGGUGACUGGCAGUAAGGAUGCAAUCACGGUACUGGACUACGAUCGUGAUGGUCACUGGGACAUUUUGGUCGACUACGGGACACAAUUUCGACUCUUCCGCAACAAUGGCGGCGCGGUAUCGUUCACGCAAACGAGGGUGUGGACAACUCCGUCGACGAUGGCCAGCUUGUUGCAGCAGGGCGCUCAGCCGGUCCUUGAUUUUGAUAACGAUGGAUACCACGAUGUUUGACGCAGUGUUUUGUGCUGUACGGAACCGGUACUACGUCUUUCACCAACGUGCCGCAUAACUUUCCUACCUACACCAGCCACACUGAUCCGAACAAGGUGGGGACACAGGCGACGCUCGCCGAGUGCCUAGCACCUUACCCUAACAACCCGCUGUUUGAGGCAGGGUAUGCAGACGUGAACCGGGACGGGCUGAUGGACAUUCUCUGGAGUGGCAAGGCGCACUUGAACUUUGCUGAGUUUGGGUUAACCGCGUUCAUCAACAAGGGCGACCGUGUGUUUGAGCCACGCUUAAUCUCACUCCAAGCAGGAACAAUGGCUUAUCGCAAGCGGACGGCUUGGCUGGUGGACAUGGACAACGAUGGAGACUUUGAUGUGCUGCGUCUAUUGACGUUUGGUGGCUUCGGAGUUGUUGUCAACCGUGGCCCAUGGCCGCUCGGCUUUCGCACCUACUGUUUGCCGUCGAGUUGCAACUCACUCACGGACAGCGAUUGCCUAGUGGACGCGUUUGCGACACGCGACCGACAUAGAGCUGAUUUUAUCGAGCUGCCGAGCACGUACACGGGAUGCCCGCGCUCGCCGAUUGAGGUCAAGUACGAGCCUGGGCUCGGGCCGCUGACGAUUCAUCCGUCGUUUGACGUGCCUGGCUCCGGGACUAUCAACUGCGGAUCCGGUGGAGUGUUGUUUGACAUUAAGGAUGGCGGGAGCCUUACGCUGGACUCGCUGGUGAUCUUGGGUACGACGUCUGCGCUGACAUACCCGCCGCGACCGGGGAUUCAGGUGCGAGACGAAGGGGCGCUCACGAUGCGCAACUGCAGCGUGGCUCAUGCCAACUCGGGGAUCUCGCCGUUUGGCGACUUGCGGGAGGUGCGUGUGGACGGCGGGUUCCUGGCUGUGACCAGCAAUGGGAGUCUUGCAGUGGCUGACACGUCUUUCCGCAAGUGCACGUCCUCCGGCUCUGGCGGCGCGAUUGCUGUCUCGAGCGGCGCGAGUGUGUCUGUGACUCGAUCGAGCUUUGUCGAGUGCGCAGCUUCAAGUGGAGUAGGCGGAGCAGUUGCGGUGGAGUUUGUGAUGCCUGCAGCGGCAUCGGAGGUGUUCCUUGCUGACGUUCAGUUUGAAGCGAACACGGCGAUGUACGGCGGAGCGAUUGCGGCGUUUGACGACGCGCUUGCUUCGCCUAUGGACAGUGAUCCGUCGCAGCUGCCGUGGCGGCCGGUAGGAAGCGCCACGACGAGCGGCGGGCGGGUUGCCAUGGAGCGGGUGACGUUUUCAGGCAACGCAGCACAUCGAGGUGAUGUGGCGUACCUAUGCGGGGCAACGCUUCAGGUGAUGGAUGCGACCGAGGGCGGGCAGGCGAGUCAUGACGCUGACGUCGACUCGGGCUCGAUAACGUUUACAUGCGUGCCCGCGAUGGUAGACGGGCGAGCGCUAGAGAACGCGGUGGCGCUGAGCGAGACCGGGUGGCUAGAUGUUGCGGCUUCGUCGGCACUGCGCAACGUGCGGAGCGGGCCGGUCUAUCUGCGGUUGGCCAAUGUGACGACACCUGUGGAACUGGUCUCGGGGACGCCGGCCAGUGAGCUCGUGUUUGAAGUCUUUGAUGCGUACGGCAAUCCGAGUGCAGAUGCUACGGUGUCGCUCCAAGUGGCACCGGGCUCCGAGGCGCAGCUCAAGCUGCUUGGCGACAAGGUGCUUGUGGCAGUGAGUGCGACGCCGAUGGGACAGGCGACGAUGGCGGGUGCGGUUUUGGCAGCCGCAGAUGCCGACAUGCUUGGGGAGACGACGGAGGUUCUUGCCGGUAUCAACCUUGUGCUGACGGGAACAAUGGUUGAGUCCGCGUCGCUGAUGGCAACUGCGUCAGUGCGACUCGGUGCGUGCCCGCGCGGAUACGGCGUCAUCUCGCCAUCGCCAUUUCUGUGUGGCGAGUGCCAGGACGGAUCGUACUCACCGGAGACGACGACUGAGUCGUGCAUCCCGUAUCCGCUUUGCCCGCGCAACACGCACCGGCCGGGCAAGUCGACGGCGUUCGAUGUCGGGCCGUGCGAGUGUAAGCCCGGGUUUUGGUCCCCGAACCGGAGGCGGAACGAGGUGUGUGUGAUGUGCCCGGUCGGAGGGAUCUGUCGCGGCUCGUCAGUGGAGGCGCCUGUUGCGGCUCAAGGCUACUUUGACGUCUCCAACGUUACAGGAGUGGCGGCGCAGUUGGCGCCGUGCCCGCGGCCGGACUCGUGCAAGGUCAACUCGGAGUGUGAGCGUGGGACGACCGACUUUAUGUGCCGCAAGUGUGAGGACGGGUACUACACGAACCGUGCGCUGCGGUGCGUCAAGUGCCCGGCGUCGGCCAAGCUAGUCUUUGUCGUCUUUGUGGCAGGCGUGGUUGUGGUGACGAUUGGGUUCGUGACGGGCGUCAUUGUGCUUGCGCAGCGGCAGAACAAGGCGCGACGCGAGCUUGUGCCGAUGUCGACGCCGUACGGGGUCAAGGCAGCGGUGCUGUACGUACAGACGAUGGCGGUGAUUGGCGGAGCGUCGCUGCUCAACUGGCCGUCGCCACUCAACUUUACACUCGACCUGUUCUCGCUCUUCAAUCUCUCGUUCUCACUGGUGGGUGCCGAGUGCGUGCUGGACGACUUUGCGCUGACGUACAAGUUCUCGGUCAUAUUGCCAGGAUUGCUGUUGGCUGUGGUGAUUGCGGCGGCGGCGACGGCGCGGUACGUGUUCCGACUUGGCGAUGUGAAGGUGGGCCAGGUUGUGCGGCGGUUGGUGUGUGUGGUGGGGCCGAUGCUGUACAUCACGUCGGCGUACGCGUCGCUGCUGCUAUUUGACUGCACACGGCUGCCAUCGGGCGAGUACGUGCUGGACGCGGACGUGGGGCAAAAGUGCUUUGACGACCAGUGGUUUGACAUGCUUCCGUUUGGGCUGUUUGCGGUGGUGGCGUACGUCAUCGGGCUCCCGCUGUUUUUGUUUGUGAUCCUUGCACGGGCGCGCAACUCGCUGGGCGAGCCGCACGUGAAGGCCGAGCUCGGCGUGCUGUACGAGGCGUACAAGCCGCAGUUUUACCUGUUUGAGAUUGCGCUGCUCGGCAAGCGGCUUGCGCUGGUUGCAGUGGCGAUGUUUGCGUCGCGUCUCAUUGUGUGGCUCCUUUUCUUCCUCCUCUGCCUCUUUGCGCUGUUUGGAGCUGUCCAGCUUCGGCUGCAGCCGUUUGCCAAGGCUUCGCACAACUCGGUCGAGCUGGCGCUCAACGGCAUCGCCAUGUUUGUGCUCACGGUGGGCGCAUUUUUCUGGGCUGAUGACUUUCCAAACAGUCUCUCGCAUUUGCUGUUUGUGGUCAUGGCCAUGUUCGCGCUCAGCAGUGGGGUCAUCCUCCUGGUCCGGGUCAUCCUCCGCGAUCUGCGCGACAUCCGUCAGCGGUCGUCCACGGUCGAUGAUGGCGUCGUUGUCGGUCUGCUGAGUCUUAGCGGUGAAGUCAGUCUGAGCGGGAGCUUGAGCGACUUGUCCGAGCUGGAUGAGGAGGCUUGACUUGGCCAUGGGCACCAAAAGCUUGUGGGGAUGGCAUGUGCGCCGGCCUCUAGUGCGAUGUGGCUGUACGCCCGGUGCACCCGCAGGCAGAGCAAGCCACGCACCUCAUGCUGCCGAAAGUGCGCGAGUCUUGCUCUUUUGCGCUGCUUAUCACGCGCACUACGUUGAAUGGAUUUUGUAGCAAAGGCGGCGUGAGAG